UUGUUGUCCAAAAGGAAAUGAGCAACAUGAGGGUGAAGGAUAUCAGACCGGAGCCCGCCGAGAUCGAAUACAAAAACAUGAAGUUCCUCAUUACUGAUCGGCCCAAUGAUCAGACCAUUCAUACUUUUAUUCAAGAAUUAAAAAAGCACAAUGUGAAAGAAGUAGUGAGGGUCUGUGAACCAACGUACAAAAUUGAAGAACUUAAAGCAGAAGGGAUCAAUGUUAUAGAUUUGGUAUUUGAUGAUGGCACAUUUCCACCAAACGAAGUUAUUGAUGAAUGGUUUGAAUUGCUAAAAAAUCGAUUCCGCGAAUCUCCAGAUGCAUGUGUGGCAGUACAUUGUGUCGCAGGACUUGGUAGAGCACCGGUCUUAGUUGCACUUGCUCUUAUUGAGUUGGGAUUAAAAUACGAAGAUGCAGUCGCGUUAAUUAGGGACAAAAGACGAGGAGCCAUCAAUUCAAAGCAGCUGGCCUAUCUUGAGAAAUAUCGUCCCAAGUCUCGGUUGAAGCUCAAAAAUGGACAAAAAAACUCCUGCUGCGUCCAAUAGAUCAAACGAUUUCUUUAAAAAGUUACUAAUUCAUACUGAUUGGUAUACCUAAUUGUAUAGGUUUUCGCGCCUGAUAACAAGAGACAUACUGUAUUGACUCUGUUCUGAAUCUGGCCUAUCAAUGGAAAUGCAACCGAACCACUUAUAAAACAAUUUUAAUGGUAUAUUUUGCAUUAUUUGAUUUUCCAGCGUAAAUGAAACAAUUUAAAAUAAAAAUAAAUUACAUAUAAUUGUUUGCACUUUUCUUUUAUGAAAUUUUUGUAUUUAUUUUUGAUACUAAAUUAAUAUUACAUGCUAUAGAACAGAGAAAGCCUUCUAAACGUGAUAUAUAUAGUAAUAAAAUUUUAAUGGAUCUGAUCAUUUGUAUAAUAAAUAAAAAAUUGGAUCAACUUAUACGUUUUAUAAUAAUACUUAGUACCUCAUUUAAGAUUAUUGCGUACAAGUAUUCUAGAAGGCUGCAUUUACUUGGUCCAAUAAAAUAAGACAUAUAAUGUUGAUAAUUAAUUUCUGAACAUAGUUAAUACCUUAUUUAUGCGACAUAUUUUAAAGAUGGUUGGAGCAAGCAUCUUUGGAAUAAUAUGAUUUUUAAUAAAAAUAGUUCCUUUGGUAUUGCAAUUGUAUCCAGCCAUCAUCAAAUUUAGCUAUUUAGAGAAUUAGUGCAAUAAAAAAAUCUCACAUUUCCCAGAAUGAAUAAAUAUCCUAUCAACUACAGUUUUAAGUAAUUCAAUAUAUUUACUUUUAAAUUGUGAUUGAAACAUAUGUGACAUAUUUUUUGCAGAUGUUUUGCAUAUAACAUAAGCAAAGAAAAACAGAAUUUAAACAUAUACUAAUAAAUUUUUUUUGCAAUUGUUGGAAUAGUAUGUAUUAAAAACAUAAAUCUUUAACAAAGUGUGGUUAGUACAUGUUAUCUCUGUUACAAAAAAAUAAAUUUGUACAACUUAUUAAUUUAAUUCAGUUUAUAAAAAUAGAUGUAAUAGACAUUGAAUCAGUGUGUAACACUGUUUUCUAUUUUAUACUAUUAAAUCAAAUUUAAUAUACAUUGUUAGAAAUCAAUGUUGAACUUAUGACAUAUAUUUUCAUAUACUUACCACACUUGUAAAAAAAACUGAAAUUUGUAUAAAAUAAAACGAUUUAAUAAAAGUGUACAGGUAUUUAAAAUUUGUAAACAUUAAUUUUUAAAAUAUAACUCUUAAAUGAAAGAAAAAUUGCGUUGCAUUUCCAGUGGCAUGCCGAAUUGAUGAGUGUUCUUAACUCUUACUGGACUUGGAAUCUGCGUUAACUUGAAAUAACGAAUAUUGCGAAACAAAGUGAAGAAAGAAAAUCACUCCAGAGUUAUAUAUCACUUUUAUCGUAGCUUAACGGCAAUUUCACCAAAAUUUUUUAAAACAUCCACUUUUAUUCGAUAAAUUUUAAAAAGCUGCAUACGCAUUUUGUGUGAAGCAUAUAUUGUAAUCGUAUUCGCAAUUUUGGUAAAAUUGUCGGUGAUGCUGUACGCCACACUAAACUGUGUUCAAAAGAUAGAAAAAAAAUUCGCUCCUAAACUAAUGAAUGUAAUACUUAGAUCAUUUCAUAAGUCUGACGAUUUAAUGUGAAUGUACGUUUUUGUAUGUAUUAUGAUACAUGGAAUUGUGUUUAUAAUCGUUUCUUGUGCUUAUAGCAAUGGUUGUAUACAAGAGUGAUGUGAUGAAUUAUCAUAGUCGAUGUUUGUAUUUUUUUUUUUUCUCCAUUUUUGAUGAUUAGUGUAUAAGAAUCUUAAAUGACGUUUUUCUACGAGAUUAUUGACUAAUGAUAAAUUGCAUGAUAUGCCAAUGAUAAAAUAUUCGUCCUUUUUGUGCAUAAUUUUUAAGUAUCAUGUAUAACUGUUGUACAUUCACCGUAAUCGCAGACUCGAAAUGAAAUUUGAACCUGGUACAGCUCCUUUUUUGUAAUGUUAAAAAAAAACUGCAAUAUUUUUUACCAGAGGAUGGGACGAGGGAUAUUCGUAAAAAAAAAGAAAAAUUAUCGAGCCUUAGAUCCGAAAUUCAAUAAUCUUUUAAUUAUUCAAUUUUUUUUCUCCGUAGGUUAUUGUAACAAUUAUCAUAAUCGGUGAAAUGUUCUUUAUUUCUUCUUUUUGAAUAUGAUUUUUUUUUAAAGUAAGAUAUUGAUACUUUAAUUAGGUAUACCUAGCAAUUGAUUGAAAAAGUUACCAACGAAUUUUUAUCAUAUGAAAAUUAAUUUUGCACGUCGAUUCACUUCUUCAAGCGGUUAUACUUCAUUGUAGUGAAGUAAUUACGUAUAUGAGUGAACAUAUUUUGUCUGUGAUACAUUUUUUGCGAAAAAAAAUCGAAAAUUAGAAGGGAUUAAUGAUUGGGCUUAUUGAAAACGUGCUACCUGUGAAAAUGACAUUUAAAAAUCUUUUCAAGGUUAGAGCCCACAUUUUUAAAUCGAAUAAUCAAUGGGCAUUCGUAGAUCUUAUUUAAAAUUAUAUUUAGAGACAUAUUUUGAUCUGAAUAUUUACUAUUUCGCGUAGUCACAGAGUAUUAGAAGAAGAAAAAAAACUUUUAUUCUCGAAGAAUUGAAUCGAAACGCUAUAUCAAAUUUUAUUUUAUUUUUUUGAAAAAAAAAUAAUCCAUAAAAGCACGAGAUAUUUAGUUUAAUCGUUAUAAUUUUAUAAAUAGCGAUUGAGAAAAUCGUUUCAUACGAUGAUUUUAUUUUAUGUUAAAAAGAAAAUGUUUCAAUUCAUGUGAAUAACAAGAACAGGAACAACUUAGGUAGCAAAGAAAUCCUCUAUUUUGAACCGACGUAAUGAAGUAAGAACAGUCACUCCUUUCGAAUCGAUUAUGCAAAAAAUAAAUUUAACGAGUUAGCGCAAUUUAAACAAGAAUUACUAUUAUUAAAUAUUUGAUUUGUUAAUGUAAUUUCCUACCUACUGCUGUAUUAAUUGAUUAAAUUAAAUGAAGAAUUUUGUUAUAUUGUAAAACAUCAGUAAUGAAAUAAAAAAGAAUGGAAGUCGUUUUGUGAAGAAAUAUUUUGUGAUGUAUCACUUACAUAUAUGUCUGAUGCGUUGCCAAAAUAAAAUAUCUCUUUGCGAUCUUUCUUUUGCAAACAAA